ACUUGCAUUGCAGGAAAGGUUUCUUAUUGAAUCCAUCUAGAGCAUAGCACUGCUGAAUCCAUGGCGAAAUGCUUGAUGCUGCUGCUCUCCUUCGCGUUCCUCUUGUCGGUGGCCGGCACGGCGACGGCGACGCCAUGCCACCGCGAUGACCUCCGCGCGCUGCGGGGCUUCGCUGAGAACCUGGGCGGCGGCGGCGCACUCAGCCUCCGCGCCGCGUGGUCAGGCGCCUCAUGCUGCGAUUGGGAAGGCGUUGGCUGCGACGGUGCCAGCGGCCGUGUCACGGCUUUGUGGCUCCCCAGGAGCGGCCUCACGGGGCCAAUCCCGUCAUGGAUUUGUCAGCUUCACCACCUACGCUACUUGGAUCUUUCAGGUAAUGCAUUGGUUGGCGAGGUACCCAGGAAUCUGCAGGUACAGCUCAAAGGCAUCACCAACAUGCCAUUGCAUGUGAUGCGUAACAGAAGAUCACUCGACGAGCAGCCCAAUACAAUUUCUGGGAGCAACAAUACUGUCAGAUCCGGGAGCAAAAAUGUUGUUGCUGGAAAUGACAACACCGUCAUAUCUGGGGACAACAAUAGUGUGUCUGGGAGCAACAACACUGUCGUAUCUGGGAGUGACAAUACCGUAACCGGCAGCAACCAUGUCGUAUCAGGGACAAACCAUAUCGUUACAGACAACAACAAUAAUGUAUCCGGGAACGAUAACAAUGUAUCCGGGAGCUUUCAUACCGUAUCCGGGGGGCACAAUACCGUCUCUGGGACCAACAAUACCGUAUCUGGGAGCAACCAUGUUGUAUCUGGAAGCAACAAAGUCGUGACAGAUGCUUAAUGAUCUGUCAGCGCAUGAUUGUUUCCAUCUUAACGCAGCUCACGUUCUAGUCCAAGUUCACUGUACCUCACAAUCUGUUGGUGCGUUCAAUCGCGUUAUGUAACUUCAAGGAUAUACCAUACUUUUCCUACUAUAUAUAAAAUUUCUCUUUACAUA